AUGGGUGCCCAAAUGGCUCACUUAAAAGCUACAGUCAGUCACCAUGAAGGACUGCAAAAAGAUGUCGAGGCUGUCGUGGAGUCUGCUACCCAUGGUCAGCGUAUGCAGGAAGCCUUGAAGCAGGAUCAAGCAAAACCUUUUCAGAAGAGUCUUCUGCGAUUGUAUCUAUGCAUCUUUGUGGGAUAUCUUUGCUCGGCUACCAAUGGCUUUGAUUCCAACACGUUUGGGGGCCUGUCAGCCAUGACCUCUUUUACUGGUUAUUUUGGCAUCAACUCAAAUAAUCAGGGUCUUGUCGCGGCGCUGUAUGUGAUUGGAAAUAUCGUUGGCUCGCUGGGCGCAGGUCCUUGUGCAGAUACAUGGGGUCGCAAAAUUGGAAUGGCUCUAGGAUCUGCCAUCUGUGUUUUCGGUGCCAUCAUUCAAGCUGCCGGGCAGAAUUUGGGCAUGCUGAUGGGUGGCCGUUUCAUUUUGGGCGUGGGGGCUGCCAUUGUUCAAAGUGCCGGUCCGGCGUACGUUGUCGAGAUGUCGUACCCUAAAUAUCGAGGACAGUUGACCGGUGGCUUUCAAGCUUGCUUCUUCCUCGGGACUAUUGUGUCAACGUUCCUGGAGUAUGGACUCAGCUAUCACGAAGCCCUCGGUUCAACCGUAUGGCGGUUGCCCCUGGCUAUUCAGGGGUUACCGUCCGUUCUGGUGCUUAUUUUCGUUUGGUUUAUCCCCGAAAGUCCUCGUUGGUACGUUGCCCGUGAUCGCAUUGAAGAUGCGCGUCGAGUCCUGGUCAAGUAUCAUGGAGACGGUAAUCCGAUGUCGAAAGUUGCAGCGCUGGAACUGGAGGAGAUGCAAGCAGUAAUUAGCGACGAGGGUGGAGACAAGAGGUUCUGGGACAUUCGAGGUCUUUUCAAUUCUCGGGCAGCGCGUCAUCGAACGUUCUUGGUUGCCUGUAUUGCUUGGUUUGCUCAAUUGGAUUUGCCGCCAACUAGCUAUUAUUUUCCUUUAAUGGUAUGCCUCAGUAUUAUGACCGCCUGCACAGCUCACCAGAAGGGCAAUCCAGUCGUGGGCGAUCUGGGAAUCGCCUUCCUCUACGUCUUUCUCGUCGUCUUUGCUUUCUCCUGGACGCCUAUGCAAUCGUUGUACCCCAGUGAAGUUCUUGCAUACAACGACCGAGCCAAAGGCCUGGCAUUCAUGAACUUGAUGGUGAAUAUGGCCAACGUUCUGAACACCUAUGUACCACCUAUUGGAAUAGGAAAUAGUGGCUGGCGCUUCUACAUUAUGUACAUCUGCUGGGAUGCUUUCGGAAUCCUAGUCAUCUAUCUCACAUUUGUUGAGACUAGUGGUUGGAACUUGGAGGAAAUCGACCAACUGUUUCAUUCGGAGAAUCCGGUCAAGAGAAGUCUACAGAAACAAGAGUGA